UAACCUGCUCAGGAACGCGCCGGCGCCGCCGCGCCGGUUGCCCUGCCACGGCGGUUGCGGCUGCGAUGGUGGAGCAGCAGCAGCGACGACGAGGAGCGAACCGGCGAACUCGCGCUGCAGUAGCGAGCUUGGCGCCAGGCUCAGGGCGCCGGCCGCUGCGUCGUGCCAAUCAGCGAGCAAUGAGGGGCCGAGAGAAGGCGCCGCAUGCAUCGGGAGCGUGCCUGGAACGGCGCCCCUGGACGCUCAUAAGAGGGCGUCGUUUGGCUGCGAGCCGCCUUCCGCACCGCACCCUCUCCCUCUCACCCACUCCCCAGUGCACGCAUCAUGGUCAACGUCACCACCAGCCCGGAGGGCAACAUGCUCACGUCCUUCGAGGGCACCGAGUACAUCUACAACCUCGGCGACGUGAGCUUCAUGCUCGUCGCCAGCGUGCUCGUCUUCAUCAUGACGCCCGGCGUCGCCUUCCUCUACGCCGGCCUGCUGCGCAAGCGCAGCGCGCUCAGCAUGCUCUGGCUCGGCAUGGCCGUGUACUCCGUCGUCUUCUUCGAGUGGGUCUUCUGGGGCGCCUCUCUUACCUUCUCGCGCGGCGGCUCGCCGUUCAUCGGCAACCUCGACAACUUCUUCCUCAUCGGCAUGGACAUCCAGCCGUCGACGGGCAGCGACUUCAUCCCGCAGCUGCUCUACGUCUUCUACCAGGCGCAGUUCGCCUGCGUCACCGCCAUGCUCGCUGCCGGCGCGUUCGCCGACCGCGCGCGCCUCGGCCCCGUGCUCGUCUUCAUCUUCUGCUGGACGACGAUCGUCUACAACCCCAUCGCCCACUGGUCCUGGUCGCUCGCGCCCGACGCCACGGGCUGGAUGGCCAACCUCGGCGCCCUCGACUUCGCCGGCGGCUCGCCCGUGCACAUCAGCAGCGGCACGGCCGCGCUCGCCAUCUCGCUCUUCCUCGGCCGCCGCCGCGGCUACGGCACCGACGCGCUCGCCUACCGCCCCGCCAACGUCGGCUUCAUCGUGCUCGGCACGGCACUCAUCUGGUUCGCCUGGUUCGGCUUCAACGCCGGCUCGGCGCUCGGUGCCAACCUGCGCUCGGUUCAGGUCGCCGUCGUCACCUUCCUCUCGGCCUCGAUGGGCGGCAUCACCUGGCUCCUGCUUGACUACCGUCUCGAGAAGAAGUGGAGCGCCGUCGGCCUCUGCUCCGGCGUCAUUGCCGGCCUCGUCUGCAUCACGCCCGCCGCCGGCUACGUCGGCUCGCCGGCGGCGCUGGCGUUCGGCGUCGUGGGCGCCAUCGCCUGCAACUUCGCCACGGGCAUCAAGACGCUCGUCGGCAUCGACGACACGCUCGACGUCUUCGCGCUCCACGGCAUCGGCGGCCUCGUCGGCAACAUCCUCACGGCCUUCUUCGCCGACAACCGCGUCGCGAGCUUCGACGGCUCGGACCCCAUCGACGGCGGCUGGAUCAACCACAACUACAUCCAGCUCGGCUACCAGCUGGCCGACAGCUGCAGUGCCAUCGGCUGGUCGUUCGCCCUCACGAUGAUCCUGCUCUUCGCCAUCGACCGCAUCCCCGGCAUGCACUUCCGCUGCAGCGAGGACGACGAGAUCGUGGGCAUCGACAUGACGCAGAUCGGCGAGGAGUGCUUCAUCAUCCCCAACGCGCCCGUGUACCGCGACAUCGAGAGCGGCGGCCUCGUCGCCGGCCACGAGCAGAAGAGCCAGCACUCGACCGGCAGCCAGGAGAAGGUCGGCGAGGCGCCGCAGCAGGUUGUCUAGACGUCUCGCCUUCUCCCCUGCUCCCCAUCUCACACCCUCUUUUUCUCCAUACCCCUUCUCUCGUC